AUGAACAUAGUGGCGGCCGUGGGUGCAGUAGUGGCAGUGGUGGGGGGAGUGGUGUGGCGGCGAGGGGGAGAGACGGUGCGGGUGGUGGUGGUGGUGGCGGUGGUGGCGGUGUAUGUGGUGUGGGGGGUGACGCGUCUAGCGCAGGAGCACCCACUGGUGGUGCCGAUGAGAACGGUGUAG